UCUGAGAACUAGGCUUAAGACGGCGUGUGUAUUUGUAAUUGUCAAAAUCUUAUUUCAAUCGUUUACGUCGUAAUAUUUUUGAAAACAUGCCACGGUGUGCCGUAAAAGACUGUAUUUACAAUAAAAGUGCAAUUUGUACACGGGACAGGAAAGCGAUUCACUUAUUCCGUUUUCCCAAAAAUGAAAUAAGACGAGAGCAGUGGAGAAUUGCACUGGGUCUUGAAAAGACAGAAAUUUAUACUUACUCUAGUGUUUGCAAUUUACACUUCAGUAAAGCGGCAUAUGAUUUGGAGAAAUCGCCUUUUGCUGUUAAUUUGAAAAAAGAUGCCGUUCCGAGUAAGAAUGUUAGCCCAUACUGUGCUGGACCUCUCACCGGUACUGCGGUUUGUGAAGAAAUCGUGAACAACAUCGAUCUGCCACCAGAAAUGAAGUGCAGUUCAGAAUUGCACCUUUUAGUACAAGGAGAAAACAAAAAGAAACUAGCAGAGAAGAGAAAUUAAGAAGGCAGCUGAUAAAACUAUUGGAAUGAUCAUGAGAAUACCUCCAGCAUUGACCUAUUGAACCGGGUUGAAAUCAACCCGAUUGCUACAACGUCAUGUUUAAAACAUGUUACGGUUUAUUGGCCAUUUCGAUGAUGAAUUAUUUCAUUAGAUUUGGGUUGUAUCAACAUGUACUUUGAUUCAAAAUUCAAAGCCAACAUCCAGUUGAAAUAGUUGAAUAAAACAAGUUGAAUCAAUCAGCAUAAGACUGGUUAGGGUUUUAUUCUC